AUGUUCUCCUCUUCAGGGAGUGGGAAGAAGCCCUCGCAACCGCAGGAGAUGGUCCAAGUCGACCGCUCAGAUUCUGCAUCACCGUUUUGGAAACCGCCCCCACGCGAAAACGCACCGAAAAGAACAGGUCGCGAUCCCAAUCUGGUGGUUGGAGCUGCAUAUUCGCACGCCGACAUCCUCAAGUUCGACUCUCUGAACCUCUCCAACUCCUCGUCCCGACCGAAAACUCCUCCGUCAUCUCACUCUACCAAAGGCCGCCCAAGCGAUGCCUCCCCCCCGUCGCGUCCCCAAUCAGGCCUGUCGUCGCCUCCGAUAAAGAGCUAUAUCAACUUCCUCUCCAAUACGAACGAUGACUGGAAGGCGGACGAAGAUGAGGAGGACAUGAUGGGUUACGAGGACGACGAUGGCGACGACUUUGGCUUGCCUAGCCUGUCCAACAUGAAGAGGCGAACGCGCAAGAUGGCCGCGCAAAACAGACCGGACGCAAACGGAGGUCUGUCGCCAAUGGUUGACUCAUUCGGCGGGCUAGGCUUGCACACCAGGAGAUAUUCGAACAGCGCGGAUAUCGCCAUCGAGCGACCUGCUCCGACGUAUCCUAUGCCAAAGAAGAGCGAGGGAAAGAUCCUGCGGCCACAAUACAAGGAAAUACUGAGGGAUCCCGCAAACGCCUUGCAUCUAAUCGACCAUCCCGCCAUACCGGCCAAUGCGACGCCAAAGGAGAUUGACGCCGCCAAUUCCAGGAUAACUCGCAUCAAUAAGUUCAAGAAGCUUCUCCAGGCCUCGACAAUACCAUUACAGGAACUUCGCCAACUCGCUUGGUCCGGCGUUCCCCAAGAAGUCCGCGCAAUGACAUGGCAGCUUCUUUUGAGCUAUUUACCAACAAACAGCGAGAGAAGAGUAGCAACCCUGGAAAGAAAGCGGAAAGAGUAUCUGGAUGGAGUGCGGCAGGCCUUCGAGCGCGGUGGUAGUGUCUCUGGUGGUGGCAGCAGCUCAAGCACUGCGCCGCCAGGAAAAGCCAGAGGCUUGGAUGAGGCAAUCUGGCAUCAGAUCAGCAUCGACGUUCCGAGGACGAAUCCCCACAUCGAGCUCUAUUCGUACGAAGCGACUCAACGGUCACUGGAGCGGAUUUUGUAUCUUUGGGCUGUGCGACAUCCAGCCAGUGGCUACGUGCAGGGCAUCAAUGAUCUAGUGACGCCCUUCUGGCAGGUCUUUUUGAGCACCUACAUUGCCGAUUCUAACAUAGAAUCUGGCAUGGAUCCCGGUCAGCUGCCGAAACCGGUGUUGGACGCUGUGGAGGCCGACUCGUUUUGGUGUUUGACAAAACUCCUUGACGGCAUUCAAGACCACUAUAUUGUGGCCCAGCCAGGCAUCCAAAGGCAAGUUGCUGCCCUCCGUGAUCUCACGGCGCGGAUUGAUGCCGGGCUGGCGAAGCAUUUGGAAAAGGAGCAUGUCGAGUUCAUCCAGUUCAGCUUUCGGUGGAUGAACUGUCUUUUGAUGCGGGAGAUAAGUGUACGAAAUACGAUCAGGAUGUGGGAUACAUACUUGGCCGAGGAGCAAGGUUUCUCGGAAUUCCAUCUAUAUGUGUGCGCGGCUUUCCUGGUCAAAUGGUCGGAUAAGCUGGUCAAGAUGGAUUUCCAGGAAAUAAUGAUGUUUCUGCAAAGCUUGCCCACAAAAUCAUGGACGGAAAAGGACAUCGAGUUGCUGUUGAGUGAGGCUUUCAUUUGGCAGAGUCUCUUCAAGGGGUCAUCAGCGCAUUUGAGAGGACAGCCAAGCCGUACGCCCUCGGCAAACAUGCAGUUGUAA